GUCCUGGUUCAAGCAGGCUCUCAAGUUGAACUUCACACCCCAGGGCACCACGUUUCAGAACCUGGGCCGCGCUGCUGCCAACGGAGGAGAUAUGCCCACGGCACUUGUUUGGCUGCAGCGCGCAGAGAAAGCCGGUGCAGCCUUGGACAAGGCAGACUUCACCGCCCUGAUCGAAUGCGCUGCUCAAAAGGGCGACAUCUCGGCAGCGGAGCUUUGGUGUCAACGCGCGGAGGAUGCCGGAGUUCAACCGGAUGUCGCCAUUCUGACAGCCCUGAGGAAGGCGGCCGUGAACAAGAACGAAGCAUCAGUUGAGAGACAAGACCUGCCUGAUGACAUCUCCAUCGUAGGGGCAGAUUCCUUCCAGCAGCUCUCUGAUGACUUCGAGCGGCGACCGCUUUCAGGCUCCGAGGACUCUGCCAGGUUCUGGCUGGAGAAGCUGAAGGUGGUCAACCUAGAUGGGGCCAACCAGGCCUCCUGUUCGGAGAUGCUCAUCUCAGCCAGCAGGACCGACGACGUCGAAGCAGCUGAGUUCUGGCUCAACAAGUGCCGGAAGCUGAAGCUGCAACCGACGCCGGAGGCCUUCCAUGCCUUGAUCGAUUUGACCACCAGGAAGUCUUCCUUGGUCACGGCGGAGCGGGUGGCGCAGGAAGCAAGGGCUUCUGGUGUGGAGCUCUCGCGGUCAUCCUACUCCGGCUUGAUUGUGGCGGCUUGCCACGAGAAGAACCUUGCGGCCGCGAAAAGGUGGCUGCUAGAGGGACUCGCUGCGAAUUGCGCCCCGAGUGGCGCUGCGCUGCAGAAGGCCGUCUGCCUUGCAAUCGAGAUGAAUGAUGUGCCAGCGGCGGAGGACUUCUUCCGCCAGGCCACCGGCAAGGGCACGGUCCCCGAGGCGGAGACCUUCAGGGCCUUCGUGACGGCAGCCGCCAAGGCGGGCGACGCCAAG